CGAGAUUCCGGUCGUGUAGGUGAUGGAGGAGAAAGUAGCAACACAAAUCAAAUUUCGACGACCAGCACAGCUGAAGAUUAUACUAGUAUAAGACAAUCAAGAGUGAUGGAAGUGACUGCGAUGAUGCAAGGUGAAGAUGGACCAGCAGAUGAUGGAAACGCUACAGAGCAUCCAUCUCGAAAUCCCUUCAAUUAA